UCAUUCAAUGUCAGUUUCGUAGGCUUGCGUUCAGAUCCGUCCAUUGUGGGUGGGCUUUCUAACGCAAAGUGGUGUCGUACUAACCUACCGAACAAUGAAACUGAAGAAAUCAGAGACAUGGUUAACUUUUUUGUGCAACUAUUCUUGUUUUUCCUUUUGCCAUGGAGUACUUUAGUGGAAUUUAAAUUUUGAUGAUCUUUCUUUCUUUUCUUUCCUUUCUGAGUCCUUUUUUCAUAUGUCACUUACUGCCUCUUUUAUUCGGUUCUAGUCUCUCCUAAACAUGUCAUUGUCAAAGCUUAGUAGAAGAUAUCUUCUGUCAGCAAACCUUGUUAAGAUACCACAUUCACCUCUUGGUUCUCAGUUCAAACAUGGGAUUCCUGGGCUAGGUUUCUGUCAUGCACGAUCUGUCUCUGGAUGUGGGCGACCUUCUGUUAGCGAUGUAUGGUGCUUAGUACGAAGAUGCAGAUUUAGUACCUGGUCAACUAACAAGUCUUAUGAGUUUCCAAAUGGUUCUGUAUAUAGUAGGAAAUCCAGUUCUAUAUUCAGUACCCAUCGCUACUAUGCCUCGCAUGCUUCUUCCACAGAACAAAAAUCUCGAAAAAUGCUUCUAUACCUGACAGCUCUGGUCCUCGCAAUGGUGGGAAGUAGUUAUGCGGCUGUACCUUUGUAUAGGAGAUUCUGUCAGGCUACUGGGUAUGGUGGCACUAUUCAACGACGUGAGACUGUCGAAGAAAAAAUUGCCCGACAUGCUAAUGAUGGGACUGUCACCACAAGGGAGAUUGCGGUGCAGUUUAAUGCUGAUGUGGCUGAUGGGAUGCCAUGGAAGUUUACUCCCACCCAAAGAGAGGUAAGGGUCAAGCCUGGAGAAAGUGCUCUUGCAUUUUAUACUGCUGAAAAUCGCAGUUCAGCACCAAUAACUGGCGUUUCCACAUACAAUGUUACUCCCAUGAAGGCGGCAGUUUAUUUCAACAAAAUACAGUGCUUUUGCUUUGAAGAGCAGCGGCUACUUCCGGGAGAACAAAUUGAUAUGCCUGUGUUUUUUUACAUCGACCCUGAGUUCGAAACCGAUCCUAGAAUGGAUGGCAUCAAUAACUUGGUUUUGUCAUAUACAUUUUUCAAGGUAUCUGAGGACUGAUUGACUUGUGUUUACAGCAAAACUUGACAAAGUUUUGGACGGCAGUUACUUCGACAAAAGGCAGCUAGCUGAUUUAGAGAAUGCCAAGUAGACUGGCUUUAAGCUUGGACUGGCAUAAUCUAUUGUAAAACAUGAAUGUUGUACCCCCACCGGCAAUCUGUGGAUUCACUGCGGAGUUAACGUGGAACCAACAUUGUCGCUGGCAUUCUUCUUACCAAAAGAGCUACAAUAACAAGGUUGACUUUCAUGUUUCGGAAUGCGA